AUGGGUCUCUCUCCAAAACACCAGUUCCUCGCGACCGCGGUGUUCUUCGCCAUCAUGAGCGGAGUCGUGGGAGCCCCGAUCCCCCCAAUGAAAGUGCUACUCUUAUUCCCCGCGCUCGGCGUCGUUGCGCAACAGCUCAUCGAGGCAUGGGAGCCCUUCACGAGAUUCGCACACACAACCAAGCGGACCAUACUGAGCACGCGAUCGGGUCCCCAGAGACCCGAGGCCGAUGGAAAACCCGAGAGACUGUCCAGCUCCUGGAGCCAGACUGAGCAGCCGCCGCCUUUGAACAACUUGCAGCCCAGCAUGAUACACACAGCGCCUUCCCGCGCCAGUCUGUGA